AUGGCCCCCAUCGAGCGUAUCACUCUCUUCAAGAUCCCCAAUGAGGCGGACCGGGACCGCGUCCUGGAGCAGUACAAGGUGUUGGCGAAGACGGCUGUGAAGGAUGGCAAGCCCUACAUCCUUAGCGCUGCCGUCGGCGCCUCCAUCCCCGAUCCCCGCAACAAGGGCUUCAACAUCUCCGUCAAGACGACCUUCGCGUCGAUGGAGGACAUGCAGUACUACGACAACGAGUGUGAGGCGCACAAGGCCCUGAAGGCCGUGGCUGGUCCCGUGCGCGAGGACGUCCUGACCACGUUCUUCGAGAACAUCCUGUAA